AUGGCCUCCCCACCCACCCCCUCCGGCUCCCGCCCCGCACUUGGCCACGUCAACCUCAUGGCGGACACACUCAUCGCAAAUGCGACCCCAGACGAUCUUCGUGCUAUCAUACGAAGUAUGGUCUCCUCCGCCACACCUGGAAUCGCCGCAGCUCUAAACGCUGCUGCUCGGGAACGUCUGUCGCAAACAGCCUACACGGGCAUCCCUACACCCCCCUCCUCCGCGGGCUCAUCCCCUCGAGAAGCCGAUAUCUCCGCAUUCCCAUUACUUACGCCGUAUGGGCCGACACCGCAUAUGCAAGAACUUCUUCGACGAGCGAGGGCACUGUACGGGUCGGGAAUGGGCUUUGCUUCCCUUGGGCUCCUUGCCCAUGCGGCCCGCUCAACCCUCGGUCUACGUUGGGAUGCCGAAGGAGAAGAGCAACUUACAGACAUUCUUGCCCUGCUUGACGCCGAUAUGGCGCAAGCAGUCCAGAGUUGCAAAGAAGAGGUGGAUUCGGGCCGCGUCCAUUCAUGGGAAGAGGCCAGUUUUGCUGUCAGUGACCUGCGCGCUGCUCUUCGAGAAUGUGAAGCCGACUGUGCUUCUCGCGCCAGAAGACAGAUGGUUUGCAGCGGCGAAAAGGAGUUCGCGUUUGAGCGCGCAAUGAUCAGUUUAAACUACUGGGAGGUCCCCGUCCUAAGGUCUCGAUGUAACGAGAUUAAAACGAGAUAG